GUCCCCGUAUAGUUUCCACGCAGGGACAGCCUACGUGUUUAUCUCGUGAGGUGAAGUGCGCUGCUCAUUUCCACUACACGUCUGGCAAUGGACCCAUACCUCCGCAGGUUCGGUCCUUAAUUGUGUUUGAGCAACAUUUGAAAUCCAGUCGUUCACACCUUCACCACCAUCAUCAUCAUCACCAUCAUAAGAAGAUGGGCUGCUGCUCGGCGCGGUGCGUGCUGGUCCUCCUGUGUUGCCUGCAGUUGAUAACUGCACUGGAGAGGCAGGCGUUUGACUUCCUCGGCUACCAGUGGGCUCCCAUCAUGAUCAACUUUGUUCACAUCAUCAUGGUCAUCCUGGGCCUGUUUGGUGUCAUCCAGUACAGAUCACGCUACGUGAUCAUGUACCUGCUGUGGACGUUGAUGUGGGUCGGCUGGAAUGUCUUUGUGAGCUGCCUCUACUUGGAUUUGGGAGGGCUUUCAAAGGACAGCGAUGUUCUCACCCUCGGAGUGUCGUCACAUCGCUCGUGGUGGAAAGACAACGGUCCAGGGUGUGAGAGCGAGAGCCUGCCCUCUCCUGCGUGGCACAACCAGCAGAACCCUGAGCUGACCACAGUACUGAGCUGCUGGCUGGAAUACCAGUAUAUCGAGAUCCUGCACUGCAUCAUCCAGCUCCUCCUCUCACUCCUGGGAUUUGUUUAUGCUUGCUAUGUUGUCAGCACUUACUCAGACGAGGAAGACAGCUUUAAUUUCAUUGGUGAUUUCCAUCAUCCACCCAAACCUCCUCACUUGUUCUUCUAGUGAGAAGACUUGAUGGAUUAUAAAUAACGGCAAAAAAAGAAACAAAGAGUUUGGGAAAAGCUGAAAAGGAAGCAGGCAGAGGAUGAAGACACUGAAUAGAGGCUGACGUCUUGUUGACAAUAAAACUUUUUCACAGAUGCUGAACCUAACCGUGCUGUACACACUGUCCAUUAUUAAGGCAUCGAUAGUGUGUUUACCUCGAGCGUCGAGUGAUGCGUCUGUGUGUGAAAUUGUAAAUAACCAGCUGUUUCUUUCUCAUGUUUUAAAUUGUAAACAUGUGUAAAAUUUUUGUGCCAUUUCAGUUAAAAGAGAUAACCAAAUGUUCUGUAGUGUAUGGUAUACUUUUGUGACAUAAAACCUAUAAUACAGUGUGUACUGUAGUGCUACAAGAUGUGAAAGGUGUGACACACACAGACACACCUUUCUGACACCGUAACAAAUGACAAGACUUAAAACAACUGAUUUGACUAUAACGGGUAUUGUCUUUGUAAUGUCAACUUCAUUAUUGUUGCAUUAAAAUGCAUACAUACAUAA